AUGAGAAAGGACCCUCUUUUCGAGGUCGUCAGAAACAAUGCCUUAUUCUUUCAAAUACUCAUUUCAAUAAUGGACACCUACCUAUCAGAAAAACAGGUAGCACGACGGCGAGGAAUGCUAAACGUUCGAUUUCGACCACUUAUGCAUUUACGAGGAGAAGAUGAUUGGAGGAAACAAAUAGGAAUGGAAGCAUUGGACAAUCAAAUGAUGGACGAAAAUGGAAUUGUAUACGACCUCAGUCCUACAAGAAACACUAAAAUUUCCAGUAUUUUCACAGGACCUACAGGAUCAACGCAUAGAGGCUAA